CGCAGAGCUUAGCGCCUCCCAUCUCAUUGUGCGAGGGACCGCACUGCGACGACCAGCAUCUUCGCGGCUGCCCCAGGACAGCACAGAGAGCGCACGGCAUCGACGCGGCUGCCCAACGCGGCUGCCCACAGGACACAGACAGGCAACAGCACACAGGCAACAACAACACUAAAGCACCAUGGCAUUAGAGCCAGGAGCCAUGAUGAAGCUUAGGAGAGAACUCCUCCUCCUGAGGGACGGCACAGCGCAAGAAACAGAAAUAAGAACGAACAAGAUCGCGCAGUUAGGCCGAGCGCUCGAGGCCUGCGCCGCGCGAAGGCAAUUCCGAGGCCACGAGACGGCCGUGAGAACCGUCGCCGCCGGUUUAUUGAGGCACGCCGCCGCCAGGGCCGACGACGAGUGCUGGAGCGGCGCCGACGCCGAGUUCUACAAGAGCUACGCUAGAGCUCAGUUCGGGGCGUGGAAACAACUGGGAGCUUGUGGUCACCCUGGGUUAUUAAGAGGCGCACUGGAUGGGUGGAGAAAAGCAAGAGAGUCGGGCGGCAUCGAGAAUCCGGAUGAUUUGGCGGGCCAGGGCGAGGUGCAGUUUUUUUCGGGCGAUUACGGCGGGGCGGCCACUACAUUGGGUAGGUUGGUCGAAGCGACGUCUGGCGAGGGCGGCGGGCCCGAGCGACGAUCCGUAGUGUUGCGAGUGGCCAUGCUCUACCAGCACGCGUUAGAUCAACAUGGGCAAGCGGCAGCUUUGAUCUUUCGGUUGGCGGAGAACGGCGGCGUGCCGCUGUUCUCGAAUGCGGACCUCCUAUUCUUACUCGCACGGGCGUAUGAGGACUGGAGCCGCACGCUGGCCGAACGGAGAGGCUCGGCGGAGAAGAAGGCCGAGGCGGAGAAACAUGCUGCCACUGCCAGAGCUACUUUUGAAAAGUUAUACACGGCGAACCUGCAGGUGGGCGCGUUCAAGAGAAGAGCUGGUGGGGCUCCACCGGAUGCGAACGCCUGGUUGCACGAUGCCGCUACUUGGCGAGCUUUGGCGGACAAGUGCGCCUUUGCUGGUUUAGACUUAUAUGCCGCGGAUCUGUACGAGGAAGGGGCUCGGAGGGAUGCGGAUGGUGCGGGCCGAGCCCAUUGGUACCGAUUAGCGAAAGCUAAAAGAAGGUGCGGCAAGCACGAUGCGGCGUUAGGUGCGCUACGAGCCGCGAUCGAUCGCGCGCCUGAAUCGACGCAAUUACGAGCCGUCGAGACGGCCUGGUCCAACGCCGAGGCGAACGACGACGACGAACACGCGGUGACUAUCGAUGCUUUCUUGGCUCGAUUGCCUCCCGUUGGAAAUGAUUUGGCCAUAGCGGCGACGGCGGUCGCCGCGGUCGCGAGGAUGUGGCGCCAAAGAAAGCGAACGAUCUACGCGCGCGAGAAGGCCGCCCAGCAAAAGUUACAAGAGGAGGAAGAAGAUGAACAGUCUCAGGUCACCCUGGAGGAGAUGAUGCAGCCUGGGGAGCGUCCCAAAACGGCCGACAUCGACACGGUCCUAGAAAAAGGCUUGAGGAGCGCCCUCGCGAAGGAGCAGAAACGAGCCGAAGAACUGGAGCUCAGAGUGGCCCAGAUGGAGCACGAGAAGGAAGCCCUCAGAGACGCGGAUCGGCAUCGCGCCGAGAUGGUCGAAAAAUAUGCACGUUUGGAGGACGAGGCGGAACGGCACAAGCGCGACGCGCAACGGUCAAGCGAGUUGGUGAAGGCUACUCGUGAGAAUUUAAUGUUUCUCACCAAAGCUUUAAAAAUGGCCAAGGGCGAAGCGGACGCCUUACGCAAGGAGAAGGUCCAAGCUGAGUCAAGAGCUGACAUGGCCGAGACCGCGGUUCGCGAAGCUCGAGAGGAGAUUUCAAGGGCCAUGGCUCGGAGUCCUAGUCCUGGGAGUGACCUCGACUCGCAAUCAGUAGGAUCACGGGUCAGCUUUGAACCAUCUUUAGCACAAGGUUCCUGGGACCCUGCGAAGACGCAAGGACGGGACUUCGCCAAGGGCGUCUUGGUGCUGUCGUGCGGCGUGCGCACGCGCGACGGCCAGUCGCUACUCGUGCGGUUCGCGGCGCGCGACGGCAGGUUGGAGGCUCGGGCGUUGGACUGCUCCGGCGGGUCGGCGGGUUACGUCGUCCUGUGCCGCAUUCCCGAGAACAGUAAUACAGAGGAGCAACGUAUGGUCUGCGAGAAGCUCGCGGCUCGAUUGCAGGUAGUAGAUGGCAGUUUGGUACUGGGCGACCCGCUACCACCAGAUGAAGAUAAAGCGGCUUCCAAACUCCAAGCGCGCAUUAGGGGACGGAACGAGAGGUUGAAUCCCACGAAACCGCCGCCCAAGACCCAAGACGUCGCGGCCUCGAAGCUGCAGUCGCGCAUCCGCGGGAAGAACGACCGCGAGCGAUUAGACCGGGAGAAGCGAGCGAGAGAAGCCCCCCUGAAGGAACAACGGCGCCAGGCCCGGGAGGCGCAAAUUGCCAAGGCGGCACAGCGCGAGAUCAAAAGGUUGGACGCGUUGGCGAGAAGGCGCCUCGAGCAGAAGACGCGGAACCCCUACAUUGCUACUCCGUUUGAAGAGCGCACGAGACGCGCGGAGCUCGAGGCGGGGCUGUUCCGGCCCGUCCGCACGUCGUCGCGGAGACGGGAGGAGGCUUUGCCGUCCUUGCCGUCGUUACCUUCCCAAGCGGGCGCCACGACGACGGGACGAAGAAGGGCGAUAGCGCGCUACCGCAAACUAGGAUAUGUCCCGCCGGGCGAGCUCGACGCUACUUAUUUGGAGCAGUGGCGAAGUGCUCUAAGGGAGGCGGCCCGGGGUUCUACCGAAAGAUUAGCGGUGGAUGUCGCUGCGGUCCGGAAAGCUCAUAGAGAUGUCGCGCCGGAUGUGGCCUGCUGCGCGUUGGCGGAUGCGGAAGGGUCGGUCGCCGAGGCUCGGAAUAGAUUGGGCCAGCUCGGCUAUCGGCGAGAAUUGGAUGUGGUGGCGAAGGCUAUUGAUGUAAGAGCCGUCGUGCUGGCCGCGGGCCCCCAGGAGUCGUUCCCCACGAGCGAGGAGGAGGUUUCUACGACUAAACCGAUCGCGCGGAAGUCGCCCGAUCGGGUCAUGCAGCUGGCCUCCGUCGACCGCAUGAUGCAUCCGGACGAUAAGCUGGGCGCCGAGAUCGCUACGCUCAUGGCGAUUGCAGCGCCGCCCAGGAGACGCAAAAAAGAAAAUAUGCGAAGCUUCAUCGCGCGGAACAUCGGGGGCAAGGUCCGGCAUUUGGGGCGCUGGCGCAGCGACCUCGGGCGGGACCCGUUCGCGAUUCCGGGGGAACAUCAUCCCGUGAGUCUUAGGUAAGGAACCUUUUCAUGAGCCGUGCGUUGCAAAUAAACGAGCUAG